UACGCGUGUCGUGACAACUGUUGUCAACUAUGUUUGUUUAAUAGCCAUGGCCAGAUAUUAGCGCGAAAGUGAAUUAUAGUCGCAAUAAUGUUGUAUUAAUAGUGCAAAUGUGACAAAUAUUCAUGAUGUGAAGUUCCUAGGAUAUCAAUCAAGAAUAAUGGAACAAGUUUUCGCAACUGCUAGUAAACUGUCAGAAGUAAUACUGGAAAUGCAGAAAUGCUUACAAUGUACAAUUUGUUUGUGCACUAUAUCCGAGCCUAUAAAAACUCGUUGCGGACACCGAUUUUGUCACAAAUGCAUCCAAAAGGUAUUGGAAAGUAAAAAUGCAUGCUGUCCACUGUGUAACACUAAUCUUCCGCGGCGUAGUGUUUCCAAGGACGAGGCCAUGGAAUUAUACAUCGAUAAAUUGGAAAAAUUGAAAGAAGCUAUUCAAAUGGACUCGGGUAUCGACAUAUCAUUGGGCACCUCAAAGCCCAGAAACACGCGUGAGAGCUGCUCAUCGGACGGCACGGAGUACCACAGAUUAGAAAAGGACGAAACCAUUGGGCCAAGCUGUUCGCACGUGAACGCGACACCAUCCAAGAAACUACGCGGUCCUCGAUCGAAAAAUGUCACACAGGCGCAUAAGAAGAUAUCCACGCGCGGCAAGAGUAAAAAGGAGAGCGUCUCGGGCAGCGACAUAACGCGAUAUCUGAACAAGUACGCUCUGUCUGGCAUCGAGCUCCUGCCACCUGACGAAUCUAGUUGCCAAGGCGAUAACUCGAUGGAUAGCAAGGUACAGUGUUGGCUGGAAACUUUGCCAAAGAACGAAGCGUUGGAGGAUCCAAACAAAACCGCGCCGAUGGAGCCCUCUGCAUUCAAUCUUGACGAGACUACGGCGUUCUCUGUUUCUCAGGCUUACGAGAACGUCACGGGUGAUAGAAACCAAGCUACCACAAGCAAAGUAUAUUCUAGGAGCGAUAACGACGAGAUACUUGGGUGUCGUUCCGCGGGAAAACGAUUAUCGAUAGAAUCGUUGCACGACGAGAAUCAACAGACGGAGAUGAUCGAAGUCACUCGUGGAUCAUCACAACCAGGCUCCAAAUUAAGCAAGUCUAAAGAUCGCCAAGUGGAUUUGGACACGAAGAACCAAAGGCCGGGUGCGUCCAGCACGAUGAAAUCUAUUGACAAUAACGAGAGGUCCACCGACGUUCUCAGAACGUCACCCUGCAACAUGCUUCCCACUAUGAAACAGAACUGGUCCUCCGUCGCUAAAUUCGGCAAGGAACUCCGGGCCAAGAAGAAGAAAAAAAGAUCUCUGAACGUGAGCGUGGAGAACUCGAGAACCAGGCGGUCUCACAGCGAAAUUGAAAAGGAGGAAGUCGAGUCGGGAGCGAUUAAGGCCACCGGAGACAAAAAAAGGAAAAACAGAGCUAAUCCAUCGGAAAGCAUCGCGAAUGACCAUGUCGAAGAGACACUGCCAAAUAUCCAGAGCGACAAGGAGCAGAUCCUGGAACGAAAUCUCGAGGAGACACCUGUGAAAGGGAAACGAGACGGAUCGUUGUCUGAAAGAACUCCCACGAAGCAGUCCAUCGAGGAGCAGCUAAGUAAUAGUCAGAUGAAGGACAUUUACGCCAUCAUCGGCUUCUCCAGGACUAACAAAGUCGAAAUCCUGCUGGAUAACGACGAGAGGAGCGAAGAGGCUCUGCCUCUGAAGAAAAGGAACCUCUCAUACAGAACACCCACUCGAGAUCGAUUCAAGAGGUCUUCGGAAGCGACUCCAACGAAAAGAGCAAACGAAGGGUCUUCUGGUAAGGCUAACGCUAAAUCGACCUCGUCCAGCCCGGAUUUGUUGUGCGGGAGUAGCUUCGCGUUGGGAGAGGAGCUAAUCGAACAAACACCUAAUCGCAGCAGGUUGUCCUUGAAGCGAGCCACCAAUCCCAAGACGAACGAAUCCCCCAAGUUUAACGACGCUUCACGACUGAUCACGGUAAAACGUGACUUGAACCAUGAAAUGGACCAGGACUCGAAGGACUCUGCUGGCGAGAACAAGACUAGAUUAACCUUCGAGGUUAAAGCUAAAUCGGAUGGUGGUAAUCGACAGGAGAGGAGAGGCUUCCUAGAUCAGAGGUCUGUUGACUCCAGGUAUUCCACGAGUUCCAACGAAAACAGAAGCAACAAGGAAGGCGAGCGGAGCAAACGUUUCGUCGCGUUCAAGAAGCUGGGCAAAGUUUUCAAACAUCGUAAAAAGCCCGCCACUUUCUUGUACCUGGGCUCGACCAGACCUAAACCAUCGCAGAGUCGCGGUUAUUCGGAUGUUAGGCAAGAAAUAAGCGACACGCCAGAGUUGCAAGUCUUGAGUACUACGAACUUUAUUUCUGAAAACAAGUUUGGGAAUGAUACGCGAGUUACGGUUAACGAGGCACCUCAGAAUGAAGAAAAAAGCAAGACAACAGAUGUUAGAGAAAAACCGGAGGUGUUGGAAGUACCAAAGGAAUCUUGUAAGUCUGUCAAACCUGGAGCAUCAACGGAUGCAGUGCGACCUACUCAACGUAUUAAUGUAUAUAAUGACGCUCCUAUAGCAACCACUUCAGCCAUCAGCGAAAGUCAGUUUCCAGAAUCGAACGACGUGCUCUUCGUGUCUAUAGACGACGAAGAUAAAUCUAGUUAUCCAAAGUCCCCCGUUCCUACGACAACCGCGCCUAAAAACCCCAUAAAACUGCUGUCACCCGAGAAGGACUCUCAGCUCAAGUUCCUCACCUUAACACCGUCCUCGGCAGAGAGUCUGAGAAUCGCAAAGGGCAAACUCGACGCUAUCAAAGACACCAAGUUGAAAAAGAGCAUCUCCGUAAAGGGCGCCCAUUCCAGGGCCCUCAUACGCAGAUCCCAGCAAGCCUUUGAAACUUCGAAGCCCGAUUCGCCUUCCACGCCCGAUAGGAAGAGGAAGAGGUCCGGUAAUCGCGAUCAACUCGGACCAACCAAGAGGAAAUCGAUGGAUGAAGAUUCCCUGCAAGACAGCGACUCCUCUUCCUCAAAAGGUUUCUCCUCCCAAACAACUUACAAAAUCUCCACGAAGGGAAUUGUGGCAAACAAAAAGAAUCCUUCAGCGAAAAAUACAGCGUCUAGUUCCGCUAAAAAUAUGGAGACAGUGCUGCUGCUGAGUUCUGACUCGGACACUGAUUGCAAAGGGGUGAAAGGGAAGGAGGAGAACAGGAUCUUCAGGAGGAUCGUGCCAUUGGCCAGUUCGGACACGGACUCCCCCGAGUUUGGAUGCUUGAACGCCGUAGACGACGCUAACGAUCAGGUCGCGGCGUCUCCGACGUCCAAGCGGAAACGAGCGCCGUCGCCAGACUCCGAGUGCGACGCGGAGGUGGACGUGAUCGUGCGUAAUUGGUCCAGCGCCGUGAAUCAGGACAGGAGUGUAAAGAAAGGGAAAGUGGAACAAACACGCGAUCCGUACGCUUUCGCGUCUAGCGAUGAGAACAAAGACUCCCUGAAAUCGCAUUCUUCCAUGGAAAUUCCCAAGGCGGUUUACAAGGUCUCUCACAUGCAGUACAGGCAGCCUUCUGUGAUCAACAUAAGGUCUAGCUCGGACCGUUCGAGCUUUGGCGCUGAGAAACAAGGACCUCCUUUGAACAAGGAUGGUUUUGAGUCUAACGAUUCUCCGGACUUUGGCUCUAUAGUGGACAGAAUCAGGGACAUACAGAAGAGUCUGACGUAUACCAAGGAUUUCAACGAGCAGGACAACUUCGACGAAGUUAUGGCCAACGUCGACACGGACGCGUUGAUCGAUGAAUAUUCGGAAAGCAAACAACACGGGAAAUCGUUGGUACUCAGGUCGUCGAUCAAGGACGACGCCACUUCUCAUAAAUUCAGCGGUUCCGACAAAGAGAACAAAUACAAAGACAUCGACCAGUUGUGCGAAAGUUUCAGCGACAGUGACAAAACUCUGAUCCCGGAAUACGCGAACGUCGAUCGGAGUUCGAAGAGGAUUUCAUUGCAGGGUGACGAAUCGCAGGGGAGGAAAAACAUUUGGGACGCGUUGGCGAAUAAUCCAAUGUCCUGCGACAAUGAUAAAGCGAACGGAGACAUGGACGGGAAUACGACGUCGAAGGAAACGUGCUACGAGCAAGAUUCUCUUAUGGACAUCACACAACAUUAUUUGCAAAUUAAGCAAUUCGAGGAGGAUCUGUUCGGAAAAUCUGCGAGCUCUAAUGGAGUGGCUGAUAAGAAGAGGGAGAACGCUGGGGAACGAACACCAGGAAAGGGCGGCGAACACUCGGGCGAGGAAGACGACAUUGUCGAGAACACUCCUGAAGUGAAGGCGAAAAGCGUCCAAGAGACUAGCUCGUCGACGAAGGGUAGUUCACUGGCGUCUUCGCUGUCAAGAAAAGAAGCCAAACAAUUCAAGACCCCGUCAUCAGUCGCCGAAAGAAGUUCCAGCGAUGCCACGCCACUCUGCAAAAGGAGGAUUCCACUUUACGAGAGCACACCGAAAGCACAGAUCACUCCGAAGAACAAAUUCCAACAGAAGCUAUGUAAUAAGGAACCAAAGCCUGCCACGAGUACUUUCAACGACAAAUACACGAGGAACGUGUCGAGCAAUAACAUGCAAAGCCUCUCCAGACAAAAGUUGUGCUUCGUUUGCAGUGGUCUGGAAUCAUCUCGGAUCGAGCUCGUGCGGAAGCUCGCGAGCAUGGUGAACGCGCGAUAUGUGACUCAAUUCAACCCCGAUGUGACCCACGUUAUCGUGAAAACGAACAAGGAAAACAACGGGGCGAAUAAGACCCUCAAGUACUUGCAAGGAAUCGCUCACAGGAAGUGGAUAGUCGGGGACCAGUGGGUGGUCGACUCGCUCAACGAGAAGAAAUUAAUAAACGAGGAGCGCUACGAAGCGGUGGACAACGGAACGCUCGAGGCAGGUCCUCGAAAAUCGCGUUUAAGGGAGAAGGAUUUGUUCGAGGGGUUCGUCUUUCUGUGCAUCGGACCGUAUUCAGACGUCUCCGUCGAGCAAUAUCAGGAGUUGCUACGUGCUACUGGUGCCACUGUGGUCAGGUCGUUGGAUGCCCUAGCCGCUGAAAAGAGGAAGCUGAAAAUCAUAGUGAUCCAAGCUGACGUUUACAGCUAUGAAAUUAUCGAAUGGUACAAGAAGGCUCGUGCUGUGCCAGUCGUCCACGAGUGGGUAGUGGAAUGUAUUAGUCAGUACAAACUGAUAUCGCUGUAUCCUUAUCUGCAAGAGUUGAGUCAACAAGAUGUUCUAGCCCUUGGUUAUCCAGAGUUUCUCGUCGAAGUUGACCCUGACACGCAGUCCGACGCUGAGGACGAAAGCACACACGAGACGACGACGUAACUUGCUCCUUCAACGUAAUUAUAAGCCAAUAAUUUUUUUUUUUUUAUAUACUCCUUACUAAAUUCUCAGUUUUCUCGUGGAUUACAUUGAUCAAUGGACCAAAUGUAUUUAUAAUUUAAUUCAGAAUAUGUACGUCUGUCUCGUUUCGUGUUUAUUUAACUUUCGUAACAGAGAGUAUAUUUGUUACUGCAGAGAAUAUUUUUUUAUAUAAUCUGAAUGAAGUAUUUGUACAUACAUACAUGUUUAUUUCUCUAGAUUUAAUAUCGUUUACACGUUCUUCGUAAACGCUGAUUCCUGCAGAGUGACUUAUGUGAUUUGGGUCGUGUAGAUACAUUGUGUGAUCACGAUGAGUGAGAACGAUUAUUUUGUAGAUUUAGACAUUGAUAAGAUUCGUUUGUUUCCUACACGGCCCGCAAGUUUUGAAGACAAUCGAUCACUUUGUUAGAAUCACCUUGUACACACAAGGCCUACUGUAAUUCCUGUCACGACUGAAGAAGAUAAUUAUACAAAAAAAGGCUCUGAAAGUAUUAAUUUCAAAUUUUAUAGUUUCUUUUCUCCUGUUUAUGAGCAUGGAUCGAAUUACAAAAGUCGCGAUCUUGUAAUGGAUUGUGAACCUACAGCUGUCUUCGAAACCCAACUUUUCUUUCUUAUACUAACGAAGCACGGCAUUCCGGUAUCCGGUUCGAAACUUUCUUUAUCAAUUUUCAAUUAAUCUGCAAAUAGGGGAGGCCCAAUUUUCAGUCGCGCCGUGAAUUACAGAACGUCUUCGUGGUUCUCAGUUAUCACGUAACGUUAAGCCCCGCAGUUUGGUAUUCCAUUCCAUCUCGUUUCGAGAGUGCAGCCUGGAUUACCAUUUGAAUUUUUUAAUUGCAAUAAACACGUGGAACGCGGCGAGAUACGGUAUGUAGGACGAGAAAGUACUUACACCGUGCAAUAUCAUCAUCAUGGGUGGGAUCAGAGGCUGCGUGUUGCAGGGUACAUUGAGGACGCUCACGUAUUCACCGAGACACACGAACAAUAUUGAUUUGCCCGGGACCACCUGUAGCCAACUCUCGUUCCCCCCCUCGCGCGCCACACACCAGCGGUUAUGAAUCUCUUCCAAUUGCGAGCAAGUGAGGAGAAAUAAUCACUGUCUAGCCUUCCGCGUAUUCCAAAAGUGCCUUUACCUUAAGUACAAGUUAUCAGUCCGUUACACUUGUUAUAGUCUCGACGCUUCCUUAGAAUGUUUACGAUUGUUUAACGAGGCGCUCGAACGCAUACGGAAGUUUGUUACGUUACUCGAGCAAGUGGUAAUUAUUUUCUGUAAAUCUGUGUAAUAAAACAUUUGUAAAGAAGUA